UUUUUUUUCUUGGUGGUCUGAUGCUCCUGGGGUUAUUUUUAUGGUUGUCUUGUAUGUGGUGUUGGUAUGGCUGGAGUUGGCAGAGGUUUGCAUAGAACUUUGUUAAAGAAUAGCUUUGAGCUCUUGAGGGCUUAUUUCUCAGAGCCACCUCAGUUCCUUCAGAGUGAAUCCUAGGUAUUAUAAAGAUAAGAUACAAUAAUGAGUGGGAAAGGACUGAGUGAUUUGUAAAAACAAACAUGCUGAAUAUUGGUUGCUUCUCUAUCUGCAGUGUCCUGGGGGGUGGGAUUUGUGGAACCUGCUGAGACCUAGUUGACUUACAGGGGACAGGUAUUCUGUAGGACACAGGCUGCCUGGUAAUGUGUAUGUGCUUUGUUCAGGUGGGCAGGCUUAAGGUGAAAAGCCCAAGGCCAGGCUGACAGUGAACUUGGCUGGCUGCUUUGUUUGUUUGCUUGCUUGGUCUUCAUCUGGAGUGAGUCACUGCCACUUGUCAUGGUGAAAUGGCAAAUCUGGGCUUCCUGUGAUUCCAAAAGUCUGCUUGAAAAUCCACAAGUGAGCUGGUGGUUGAAGCACAGUCUGUUCCAGAAGUGUUUAAGGAUCUCUUCCAUUAGGAAGCAGGAGAAAGUUUAUAAAUAAACUUCAUGUGUCUUCAGCAUUCUUUUUCAAAGGAGACAGUCACUGAACUUGGGUUAGGAGCAAGUGAAAUUUCUUUUUGCAUGUCCUGAAUGAGGAUGGGAGCAGGAAGAAACAGGUUCUUUUGUCUUUUUCUGUCCUCUCUCUUCCCCCAUUUCCUUCCCCAGUCCCUGCUCACUCACAUGCACACACUAAACUUGAAGCUGAUGAGCUUGAGUGCCUGGCACUUGGGACCACAGAGAAAAGUCAGAGUGUUUGGUUACAGACUCAAGGAAACCUCUCAUUUUAGAGUGCUCAUUUGUUUUAAAGCAAAAUUUUGGACUCUGAAGCAAGGCAUUGGGCGAAGACAAAAUGGCCUCACCAGCUGACAGCUGUAUCCAGUUUACCCGCCACGCAAGCGAUGUCCUUCUCAACCUUAAUCGUCUCCGCAGUCGUGACAUCUUGACUGAUGUUGUCAUUGUCGUGAGCCGUGAGCAGUUCAGAGCCCAUAAAACCGUGCUCAUGGCCUGUAGCGGCCUGUUCUACAGCAUCUUCACUGACCAGUUGAAAUGCAACCUUAGUGUGAUCAAUCUGGAUCCUGAGAUCAACCCUGAGGGGUUUUGCAUACUCUUGGACUUCAUGUACACAUCUCGGCUCAACCUGCGGGAAGGCAACAUCAUGGCUGUGAUGGCCACAGCGAUGUACCUGCAGAUGGAGCACGUUGUGGACACGUGCAGGAAGUUCAUCAAGGCCAGUGAAGCAGAGAUGGUCCCUGCUCUCAAGCCUCCCCGUGAAGAGUUCCUAAACAGCCGGAUGCUGAUGCCCCAUGACGUCAUGGCCUAUCGAAGUCGUGAGGUUGUGGAGAACAACCUUCCACUAAGAAAUACUACUGGGUGUGAAAGCAGAGCCUUUGCCCCUAGCCUCUACAGUGGCCUAUCCACACCGUCAGCCUCAUAUCCCAUGUAUAGCCAUCUCCCACUCAGCAGUUUCCUCUUCUCUGAUGAGGAGCUGAGAGAUGCUCGAAUGCCUGUGGCCAACCCCUUCCCGAAGGAGCGGACCCUCCCCUGUGACAGUGCCAGGCCAGUCCCUGGUGAGUACAGCCGGCCAGCCCUAGAAGUGGCCCCCAGCUUGUGUCACAGCAACAUCUACUCACCCAAGGAGGCAGUACCAGAGGAGGCACGGAGUGACAUGCACUACAGUGUGGCUGAGGGCCCCAAGCCGGCUGCCCCCUCUGUCCGGAAUGCCCCCUACAUCCCCUGCGACAAGGCCAGCAAAGAAGAAGAGAGACCCUCUUCAGAGGAUGAGAUUGCCCUGCAUUUCGAGCCCCCCAAUGCACCCUUGAAUCGCAAGGGUCUGGUUAGCCCCCAGAGCCCCCAGAAAUCUGACUGCCAGCCCAACUCACCCACAGAGUCUUGCAGCAGCAAGAAUGCCUGCAUCCUUCAGGCCUCAGGCUCCCCUCCAGCCAAGAGCCCUACUGACCCCAAAGCCUGCAAUUGGAAGAAGUACAAGUUCAUCGUGCUCAACAGUCUCAACCAGAAUGCCAAAUCCGAGGGGCCUGAGCAAGCAGAGCUGGGCCGCCUCUCCCCUCGAGCCUACCCUGCCCCACCCACAUGCCAGCCACCCAUGGAGCCUGAGAACCUGGAUCUCCAGUCCCCAAGGAAGCUUGGUGCCAGCGUUGAGGACUCCACCAUCCCCCAAGCUAGCCGGCUCAAUAACAUUGUUAACAGGUCCCUGACUGGCUCACCCCGAAGCAGCAGUGAGAGCCACUCACCACUCUACAUGCACCCCCCAAAGUGCACAUCCUGUGGCUCUCAGUCCCCUCAGCAUACAGAGAUCUGCCUCCACACUGCUGGCCCCACUUUCCCUGAGGAGAUGGGAGAGACUCAGUCAGAGUACUCAGAUUCUAGCUGUGAGAAUGGGGCCUUUUUCUGCAAUGAAUGCGACUGCCGCUUCUCUGAGGAGGCCUCACUCAAGAGGCACACGCUGCAGACGCACAGUGACAAACCCUACAAGUGUGACCGCUGCCAGGCCUCCUUCCGCUACAAGGGCAACCUCGCCAGCCACAAGACUGUCCAUACGGGUGAGAAACCCUAUCGCUGUAACAUCUGUGGGGCCCAGUUCAACCGGCCAGCCAACCUGAAGACCCACACUCGAAUUCACUCUGGAGAGAAGCCCUACAAAUGUGAAACCUGUGGGGCUAGAUUUGUACAGGUGGCUCAUCUCCGUGCUCAUGUGCUCAUCCACACUGGAGAGAAGCCCUAUCCCUGUGAAAUCUGUGGCACCCGCUUCCGGCACCUUCAGACUCUUAAGAGCCACCUGCGCAUUCAUACAGGGGAGAAACCUUACCAUUGCGAGAAGUGUAACCUGCAUUUCCGUCACAAAAGUCAGCUUCGACUUCAUUUGCGCCAGAAGCAUGGCGCAAUCACCAACACCAAGGUGCAAUACCGUGUGUCCGCAGCCGACCUGCCUCCGGAGCUCCCCAAAGCCUGCUGAAGCAUGGAGUGUUGAUGCUUUCCUCUCCAGCCCCUUCUCAGAAUCUACCCAAAGGAUACUGUAACACUUUACAAAGUCCAUCCCAUGAUGUAGUGCCUCUCUCAUCCACUAGUGCAAAUCAUAGUUGGGGUGGGGGUGGGGGUGGGGUCUGGGGGACUGGGAGCCACGGCAGCUCCCUUUCCCACACUGCCAUAAAACAUUACGAACAUACUAUUGCUUCUUCUCCUAUGUGUAAGGCAAACCAUGUCAGCAAAAAGCUAAAUCAUUUUAUAUAUCAGAGUAGGGGAGAAUGCAAAAGUUCUGACUUGACAGGCUGCAAAAUGAGGAAUGUAUAUGUUCUGUGGGAACAGAGGUUUCUUUUGUAUGUAAAUGCAUAUUGUUUUAAAAGACAAGACUUCGGUAUGUUGUCAAA